GUCAUGGCUUUGCUUCGUCAAGCAGUUCGCUCUGUGGCUCAGGUCCCUGCCCUGCGUGCAGCAGCACCAGGCACUGCUGUCCUGUGCCGUGCGUUGCCAUCAGUGGAUGCAUCUUUGAGCCAACCAGCCCCAUUGGCUUCAGUGGGUCUUGGCGCACCACUCUCCAAGCGUAACGCUGGUGUCUCCGUGUUGGGCUGUGCCAUCGCAAUGGUGGCUGUCGGUGGUUGUGCCCAGGGCAUCGGCCAGCUCUUCGCAGCAUUGGUUGUUGGCAUGGCACGCAAUCCAUCCAUGAAGGAAGAUCUUUUCACGUACACGCUCAUUGGGAUGGGUUUCUUGGAGUUCUUGGCCAUCGUUGUCAUUCUAAUUGCAGGCGUGUAUUGGCCGAUCGUGCUAGACUCGCCAGACGUGAGGGCAUGCCAUGCCCGCAGAGAUGCAGAGAUGCAGCGAAGUGCCAGAUCACCACAGGCUUCAGUGCGGGUUCGUGAAGAGCUCACAGACGUCAUGGCUUUGCUUCGUCAAGCAGUUCGCUCUGUGGCUCAGGUCCCUGCCCUGCGUGCAGCAGCACCAGGCGCACCACUCUCCAAGCGUAACGCUGGUGUCUCCGUGUUGGGCUGUGCCAUCGCAAUGGUGGCUGUCGGUGGUUGUGCCCAGGGCAUCGGCCAGCUCUUCGCAGCAUUGGUUGUUGGCAUGGCACGCAAUCCAUCCAUGAAGGAAGAUCUUUUCACGUGCCCGAGCGGGUCAGCUUUGUGCAAUUGCUUCGUCUCCAGUUGGGGAAAGGAUGGUGCUGGUGAGGAUGGUCAGGGAAAGCUGAAGGCCUACCACCCAACUCUUGGCGCAAGGUACACGCUCAUUGGGAUGGGUUUCUUGGAGUUCUUGGCCAUCGUUGUCAUUCUAAUUGCAGGCGUGUAUUGGCCGAUCGGGGUGCUGCUGCGGGCGCUCCGGGGGUGGCUGGCCGAGGUACAAGACAUUGGGGAGAUCUGCAGGGGGGUCGUGCCAAACCCCUCGGGACCCCAACUGACCCCUGGUGGUGAAAUCCGGGGGGUUAUAGGGCCACCACUGCCGCCACCUCCAAAUACUGAGGGCUUACCCGCAGCUCCAAGUGUUGUGACAGCUGCGACCUCCAAAGCCCCUCCGCCUGUCAAAACCGAGACCGAAGAAGCAGCGUUGCCGCCUGCUGUACCUGCUGAAGAAGCACUGCCACCUGCAAAGCCAGAGCCUGUGGAUAAGAGAGCAAAGUCUGAGCAUUCACAGGACGAGAGGACACCUGCUGAAGGACCGGGUGUUGAGACGGCCGAGUACUACGAAGAGGGGGAGGAAGAAGAGCAUUUCACCCCUGAUCUGGAGCGGCCUCGGAGCCCUUCACGGCCACCUCCUCCUCGAAGGGAGGUCCCAGACAGGCGGAGCCCCAGGCGCCCGGCGGCCUCCCCUGGGCGGGCACGGGGGAAGGCAAAGGCAAAGGCGGGUCCCGUCAGGCCGCGGCGGCCUGGUCCGGCAGCAGCGAAAGUCAUCUUCAGUCAUGCAGUGACCUUGGAACAGUGCAAAGGUUUUACAGACCUGGAGCUUAUGGAGGCUACAUACUGGGCCGAGCCGGUCAGGGCGACUUUCAAGAUGGAGAGUAUGCAGCUGGACAAGGGGGAGCUGUACUUGAAGGGGCGUCUCUUGGGUACGCAGUCCGAGCGGCUCCUAAAGGUGGCGACGGGAUUGCCGGACCACCGGGUGGAUGUCCACCUGUGCGACUACACCUGCGGGGGAGUUCCGCACCGCGACGACCUGAUCCACGUCACCAAGUUCAAGCAGUUAGGGGACGACCGGGAGCCGUGGAUGAGCAACCUGGGUCCCGUAGAAGCCCCACCCGACACCGGGGAGGACGAACUUCAGGUGCUGAGGGCAGAUCAGCGACGCCGAGGAGGAGAAGCUCCUGGAGAGGGAGUGGCUCACGGACGCGACAGACGAAGCCGGUCACGAAGGAGGCGGAGUCGGAGUCGGAAGCGGCGGAAAACAGGCUUGAAGGUCGAGAGCCAAAAGGAGGUAGUGGCCCUCUUCCAAAACACCGGCCUGGACCCCGACCCAAAAGUCCGACGACGGUUCAGGCGGCGCGCAGGCAAGAUAGCCCGGAAGAAGAGGAUGGGCUCCAGCUCCUCAUCGGGGAGCAGCAGCGACAGCAGUCCCGCCGAAGAGACGCUUCCGGCCGACGAUAUGCACCUGUUCGGGGGCAGUGGAAGGGUGCAACUCAUCGGACGCCGUCUGCCAGGGUCGUUGGCCGCGGCGGCCUUGGACGAGGCGUCGGAUGCGCUAGUGACCCACGAGGGGGGGUUAUGGGACCUCCAUUCGGGGGCACUCCCCCCCUUGUUUGUCCGGUAUUUCCGUCAACAACUCAGCUCAAAGAUGAGCCCCGCCAUGUCACGAGAAGCUCAAACGAUAUCCCACCUCCUCGAUCACCUGUUGCGGGGGAAGGUGGCGGACGCGCUCGAUCUGGGCGCCCAACGCCUCAAGGCGUUAGAAGCACAGGCCAGCGGCGUACAUUUUACAGUAGCUCAACAACAAGAAUUGAUUCCCAAGGAGGCGGCUUCAAUGAGUACAGUAGUGGAAAUGCAGGACGCCGCCCGUCGGGCGCGGGAGGAAGGAAAGAUGCGAUUGGAGAGUUCGCGCCCCUACGGGGCCCGGAGCUCCUAUCCUCCUCGGGCCGAGGACCAUGGCAAGGGCAACCAACGGAAGGGCGGCAAAGGAAAAGGUGGCAAGACCGAGACCAAGAAGGGCGAGGGCAAAAAAGGUCAACCGCAGAUCGAGUUGAAAAGGUUGGCUGCGGGAGAGGCUUGCUCUGGCCAUACGGAUUGUGGAGUGACUUUUGCAACUGGGCGGACUGAGCCUGGUAGCCACCUCACUGGGGUGGCACCGAAUUGGGGUGACUUGAACCCUGAAUGCAUGUCUGCGCUUACGCCGACGAGCGUGGGCCGCGCCGAUACAGGGCUGCCAGCUGUAGAUGCGUUUCACCAGAAGCUGGGUGCACACGGUCAGCGGCUGCGAGAUUUGGGGGUCCAUAUUAAUGCACUUCUCAAACGAUAUCUUCGAUCUACCACACGCAGCAAGACUUUGUCCACGGCGGUGAAGGAUUUGUUUCCUUUACCCCUUGAGAUUUGCAAAGAAGUGGACCCCCAGCGACAAGCCUGGCUAGAAGCGAUGGUGAUUGGGCUUAAUGAGCUCAAUGGCAGUGCAGCUGGAGACGCUAUGGUGGUAUCCGAGGCGCAAAAGGAGGUUGGCCGUGUGUUGAGAUCUUUUUUAGACAGGGUAUGGACUUGGGAUGAAGUGGUUCCUACAGAAGGGUUUGGUACUUAUUUCGACGUUAAGGGGGUCGAUUAUCGGGGUGAAGAGAUACGACUGGCCCGGUCCUUCACCUGGGAGUGUAUUGCUCCUUCUCUCCCUCAAGAAGUGGGAGACACUGGCACUAUGCCGACCAUUGCCAACUUCAGCAGCUUCUACCUGGAGGAAGGCGAGGUAGCAAUGUUGGGGUCGGAGGACAUAAAGUGUUUCUAUUAUUUGUUCCAAGUUCCCCCCGGUUGGCGAAAGUAUUUGGGCUUUGCUAGGGAGGUGGCUCAGCAUUUGCUGCCUCCUGAAUUGAAAGGCAGGGUUUGCCAUUUAGUGUCACUGGUUUUACCCAUGGGUUUCAUUAACUCGGUGGGAUUGGCCCAGCACAUCCACCGAAAUGUAUGCCAAUGGAGUGCUCCUGAUGAACCUGAAGGGUGGGGAGCGCAACGGGAAAUGAGGCGAGACCGUCCUGCCACGGUGUCCAAAGAGAUCUUCAGGAUUUACUUGGACAAUUGGGACGAGCUCCGUAAGGUAGACCGGGACCUGGCAUCCGAUGUGGAAGGCAAACCUUCCGCCCAUCAGUUGGCUUUACGGGCCCAGUAUGAAGAGCUGCAACUCCCUCGCCACCCAAAGAAAUCAGUUGAAGGGGGGUUGCGAGCUGAGGUACAAGGGGCCAUAUUUGAUGGUCAAGAAGGGGUGGCUUAUGCAAAGCCGUCUAAGGUCUUGAAAUAUGUGGGUCUCACCCUGGAGCUCCUGGACAGGGGUUCGGCCUCACAGCGGGAGCUUCAGGUAGUGGCUGGGGGGAUGGUGUACAUCACAAUGUUCAGGAGAGCAUUGUUGUGCUCCCUGAACGCCAUCUGGAGGCAGAUUGAGGACCUGAAACAAGAGCCUCCUGUAGUGCGACGUCCAAUCCCCUUUAAUGUCCAGGCCGAGAUGAUCCGCUUUGUAGCACUUGUGCCGCUAGGGCAGAUGGAUUUCAGGGCUACCAUGCAUCCUCAAGUCACAGCCAGUGACGCUUCAACUACAGGCGGAGGUUUCUGUGUUACCUCAGGUCUCACCGCUUAUGGGGUGUCCGCCUUGGCAGACGUCUGCGCCAUCACCGAGGAGGACGUGCGACAGUGGGCCUGUCGUUUCACUUCAGUGGGGGUAGUGCUGAUCGGUUCCCAGGGUGGUCAGGAUGGUUCGAACCGCCUUUCCGUGGGCACAGACCCAUUAGAAGACCGUGGUACGGUGCCAGAGGGGGUGGACACCUACCCCUACCAGGUGGAUGCCGCGGGGGUCAGUCUUGCCCAUCGCCCGCGGCUGUAUUGGUUAUCGUGGGAGUUGGUUCCGGAGGAGGGUUUAGCCCUAUCAGAGUGGGUGGGGGAGCAUUGGAAUGCUUACCGUGUGGCCCAGCUCACGGCUGAAUUUGAUUACAAGGACUACGUGGAACCUGGCUGGGCCAUCACUGCUGACCAACGACUCCCCACCUUUACCACGGCUAGACCCUCUGAAACUCCUGGGCGCAAGCCAGCAGGAUUGAGUCGAUGUGACCUCCCCACGAAAACCAGAUGGAGGGAGGAUAAACAUCGAUAUCCCCCUUAUCAAUACCGGGCGGAAAACUGCCUCAAGCACAGUGACGGGCGACUACGGCCGGCCACAAUUGCCGAGCGUGAAACCAUUCUUGGUUUCCCCCUGCACUAUACAAAAAAUUGCGUUGCCAAAAGCCAUCAGGUGGGAGAGGCUUACUCUGAUUUGAGGAGGACUCUCCUGGGCAAUACCUGGUCAGUCCAAGUGGUUGUGUGCCUUCUGAAACAGCUGUUCCAGCCCUUGGGGUUGACACCAGUCUCCUCAAUACAAGCCUUGAUCGAUAGCAUGACUCCUGGCCGUGGGAGCCGGUUACAAACCCUCCUGCAUCGUGCCCCAUUGAGGCGAAACACAGACGCUCGGGUGCCUGAAGGCAACCUUGCCAA